UCAUUAUAUUUAUCAACUAAAGAAAUUAAUGUUGUAGUGUUUAAAUUCUCUUUGAUUAUUAUUAUUAAAUUUGGUCGUAUUCUUUCGUACAUACAUACAACUUUAUUUUAUUUUUAACAUUUUAUUUGACUACACGAUUAUAACAGGAAAAUCAUAUCAACAUAAUUUAUGCGAUCUUCUAGGAGUGAAUAAACGAAUAUGAUGGCUGGUUCAGCUCUUAGGAGGCUUAUGGCGGAGUAUAAGCAGUUAACUAUUAAUCCACCUGAAGGCAUAAUUGCUGGGCCAGUCAAUGAAGAGAAUUUUUUUGAAUGGGAAGCAUUAAUAACGGGCCCGGAAGGCACUUGCUUUGAAGGUGGAAUUUUUCCUGCAAGGUUAAUAUUUCCUCCAGAUUAUCCACUUAGUCCCCCAAAAAUGCAGUUCAUUUGUGAAAUAUUUCACCCAAACAUCUAUGCUGAUGGAAGAGUUUGUAUAUCAAUUCUACAUGCUCCGGGAGAUGAUCCAAUGGGUUAUGAGACAAGUGCAGAGAGAUGGUCUCCAGUACAGAGUGUUGAAAAAAUACUGCUUUCUGUUGUCAGUAUGUUAGCGGAACCGAAUGAUGAAAGUGGCGCAAAUGUAGACGCAGCAAAAAUGUGGAGGGAAGACCGAGAGCAAUUCAACAAAAUUGCUGAAUGUUUGGUUAGAAAAACGUUGGGACUACCGCCACCAUUACGACCAUAAUUAUUUCACCCAACACCCGACUCGACGACUCGUUGAAGCGCGUGGGUGUGAAAGCUCCGAACAUUCAUGGAAAAAUUUUAAUUGUAAAUUGAAUAUAUUACGGAAUUCUAUUGUUUAGUUGACUUUUUAUGGAAAUUGUGAUAUUUGUAUAUAUAUGAUAUACAUGACAAAAUAAAUAUGUAUUUAUACUUAAAAA